UCGGCCAAUGAGCUCUCGUUCCUCCAGUGACUCCCAUGGGACCGACCGGGCUAAUCGGAAACCCUGUUACCUAAAGCUAGCCAGGCAAAGGAGCGGGAUCACCUGACUUGGUUCUCUAGCCUCUGCUCCCCUGCCGCGCUGUCAGUGUCUGGGGCUGGGAGCCGUUGCCAUGGAGGAGGAGAAGGGACUAGCGCCUCGGGAAACUCGGUCGCCGGGGUCGUGCCGAGUCCGCGGAGUCUGGCUUUCCCUGGUGAGCCUUCUGCUGCUGCCGCAGCUCCAAGGGUGGCGGGUGCCCGAUGACUUCAGCCUGGUACAACCAUUGGUGACUUUGGAGCAGCUCCUUUGGGUGAGUGGGAAGCAAACUGGGAAUGUGGACACUUUCAGAAUACCGCUGAUCUCGGCUACUCCCCGAGGGACCCUCCUUGCAUUUGCAGAGGCCCGGAAGAUGUCAUCCUCAGAUAGAGGGGCUAAAUUCAUUGCCAUGCGGAGGUCCACAGAUGGAGGUGCCACAUGGUCCCCCACAUCAUUUAUAGUGGACGAUGGGGAUGUUGCCGAUGGACUGAACCUGGGGGCCAUAGUUGGGGAUGUUGAAACGGGUACAAUGUUCCUUUUCUAUUCUCUCUGUGCGCAUUAUGAUGGGUGUUCUGUGGCUUCCACCAUGCUGGUGUGGAGCAAGGAUGAUGGCAUCACUUGGAGCCCACCCAGAAACCUCUCCUUGGAUAUUGGAACUGAAAUGUUUGCUCCAGGACCAGGCUCUGGCAUUCAGAAGCAGCAUAAGCCAUGUAAGGGCCGGCUCAUUGUCUGUGGCCAUGGAACCCUGGAGCGUGAUGGGGUCUCCUGCCUCAUUAGUGAUGACAAAGGAGCAUCCUGGCGCUAUGGCGGUAGUAUCAGUGGGAUUCCUUAUGGAGAACUUAAGAAGCCAAAUGACUUCAGUCCUGAUGAGUGCCAGAUUCACCCAUCUCUCCCCUGUGGCUCCAAGAAGCUGUGGCUGCAGCUGGUAGCUGGUAAACCUGGUAAGCCAUCUGGGCAGAAGGGCUAA